CGCCUGCGCAAUACAGUAUCGGUCUCUUACGCCAUCGUGCAGAUCAAAUCAUCCUCGUGUUUAGCGACGGAAAAACUCUUUUAUGACAUUUUACCUGGAAUUCUAUUCACUACUGUUUAAGAUUAUUACUAACUGACCAGUAUGAACCAAGAAAAGUUAUCAAAAUUAAAAAGUGGAGUUCAAAUAGGAGGAAAGGGCACACCCAGAAGAAAAAAGAAGAUAGUUCACAGAACAGCUGGAGCAGAUGAUAAGAAACUCCAGAACACCCUCAAGAAGCUUGCUGUGAACUCAAUUCCUGGAAUUGAAGAGGUAAACAUGAUUAAGGAUGAUGGGACGGUCAUUCAUUUUACUAAUCCAAAAGUGCAAGCUUCCCUGCAGUCAAACACUUUUGCUGUGGUUGGUCAGUCUGAAAAUAAGUCAAUUGCAGAAAUGCUUCCUGGAAUUUUGAAUCAGUUGAGUAGUGAAGGUCUGACCAAUUUGAGGAAGCUGGCAGAGAAAUUCCCAACAGCAACAGAUGGUGCACAUGUCCCAACACAUACUGAGGAGGUUGACGAUGAUGAUGUCCCAGAGCUAGUUGAAAAUUUUGAUGAGCCCUCGAAGGCAGAGGGAGUCUAAAAAGAUCCCAGUGUGGAAGACCAAAUUUAACAACUGAUGCUACCACACAUACGCUGACCGCAAGUAAUAAACAGACUUUGUGGCCUGCUUUUUCAUUGUAUAUGUAAUAGUUAACAAGACAAUUUUUUGUGAUGUCCUAUACACUCUUUGUGUUGUUUGAUAUGCCAGCAAUUUAUUGGUCUGUCAAUAAAAGAAUGGAAACUUGC